CAUGAGGGUGCGCGCUGUGUUUGCCAUCUGACUCAAUGGGGGCUCGCUCUCCACCGAAUGACAUGAUAUUUUAUAAAAGUGACGCGCUCUCUGAGGGAAACAACCAGUAUCCAAGAGAAAGCCGUUGCGAAGGUUCCGUUGCGCAACGUUUCGUACUUCAAGAAUAAUGGUGAACUUAUUACGUGGGAAGAUGAUUACGGUGUGCAAAGUAGUUAUUCUAGUGUGUACGGUGCUUGUUCUUCAAACUUCCGCCGCCAAAAAGUGUCGCUCUUCGGACGAACUCUGCGUACCGGUACGGUACUGCCCGCACAUUCAGAAUGCCAUCGAAUCGGGAGCAGUUUACCGGAAUGAAACCCUGUACGAGCACGUGUGGUCCCGGACGUGUCACGAGUCAGGCCAAGAGCCACGGGUUUGUUGCGUCCCGGAGAGCACCAGUAUGGGAAAGCGAUGUCUUACCGCAACAAAGGAACCUCUGGAUGGGCGAUGCGUUGGGCCCGAACACUGCACGCCCAUCAAGCGGUAUCUGGAGCAACGGCUGAGACGCAACGCCGCCUACGAUAAGGAGUUGAUGGAGAAUGUGUGUUAUCCUAGUGACGCCGAUGGAAAGGAUUUCUAUUGCUGCCCUGAUGCAUACGUUAGCGAGCCACAGAAAGCAGAUACUCCAAAGAAAAAUGAGGAACGGAAUUUGAGAGUUAAAAACGCAUUCCCUCCGUGUCACGACCCAAACGGAAAGCCCGGCCUAUGCGUCCCGGUGCGCCACUGUGACGGCAUUCAUGCAGCGUUCCUGGACUCACGGAUCACACGCGACAGCAAGCUGGCCGACUUUGUGCAUGCCAGUCGUUGCAAAUCGGAUGCCUCCGGUGGUCAUUCGAUCUGCUGCGCCAAACCCUCCACCAAACGGAAGAGCGUCUUCAUCCGGAACCCGAAGGCAGCCAAACUGGGACUGUCCCGAUGUGGUAAGGUCCCGUUCACCAAUCGAAUCUUGCAAGGAAGCGAAGCCGGCCUGGGCCAGAAUCCGUGGAUGGCCAAUCUGCUCUAUCAGAAGCGGCAUGGCCUCGUAAGUCUCUGCAGCGGAUCGUUGAUCCAUUCGAGGUACGUCCUGACGGCGGCCCACUGCGUGCAGGGUUCUACGAAACCCGUAGCCGUCCGACUGGGGGAGUACGACACCGAAGCUAACCCGGACUGCGACGAAAGUGGAUGCGCCGCACCGAUUCGGGACUACAGCAUCGAUAAACUUAUAGCGAACGACAACUUCAAUGGCCGCGAUGCGGAUUUCGACAUUGCCCUAGUUCGGCUUCAGCAGGAAGCGGCCCUGAGCGAGGGAGAGAUCUACCCGAUCUGCCUUCCGCUGACAGAGAACCUGCUGAUGCUGAAACCGACCAAGCUGACCGUGACGGGAUGGGGUAUGACCGAGCGCCAGGAACCGUCGCCGGUUCUGCUGGAGGCAGAUUUGAACAUCGUGAGGAGGACUAGCUUCUGCGAAGGGGAGGCUACGUGCUGUGUGAGGGGUAAGCACUCGGAGGGGCACUGCCGAGGGGACUCUGGAGGACCGAUGCAGGCUGCGGUGCCGGUUGGCAAAAACUACCGGUUCGUGCUGUUCGCGGUGAUCUCUGGGGGAUCGGGCUUCUGCAGCGUCGAGGCGAAACAGCCCGGAGUGGGGGUGAUGGUUGGCUAUCACUUGAAUUGGAUUUUGGAUCAGAUGGAUGUUUGAGGAUAGUAGGGGUUGCCGAGGAAAAAGUUUGAGUAACGCUUUGUGAUUUAGGUUUUAAAACUUCGAGUAGUAUUUUACAUGUAACUACAUUAGUUACAUAGCAUAAAUAAAAAAUAAAUGGACUACCCGAUUGGCGCACAACCACAGUUUAUCAGCAGGAGUUAAUCCAUUUAAUUUUGUAUGGUAAAAAGUAUCUAAACUUGAAUUACUUGAAAUAGAAAGCUUUUCUUGAAAAGAUAUUUGGUAGGCUUAAUAGUGGUCACCAUUGUACCCAACCACAACCAAAUAUUUUUUCGAAUAAUGUAUUGCACUUCGAUAAACUUGCCUUUAGAUUCUGCUUUAGAUGCUAUUCGCCAUACAAUAUUUUUACGAUUUACUUUUAGCCUAUUUUUCGCGCAUAGAAGCGCCACAUUGGUCGAUGCGGAGAGUAGGAAAACCACCGACGAACCGACGUGACAGCUAGAACAAAUAAAUUCAAAUUUGUUGUCCGCGACGCCAUGAUGAAAAAUAGCCGAACACUAUCGCCACCUCUAUAAGGCAAUCUAACGAUAAUCACCCUUCUCUCUCAAGCAGCAGCACAUGAUAGCAAUUUUUUGUUUAAUAUGUUCAUACGGAAACGUUUCCGUAUGAAAACAAACCAAUCCUUCUCGGGAGCUAAAAAGAGAAGAGUGAUCAAACGUCAGAUAGCCUUAUAACGGCUCGCGAUGAUUAGUUAGCUUGACACCGAACCCCCGUGUGUUCAUAUAGGAAACGGUUCGCGUCUGCGCUGAUUUGACAGAAGCGAUCGCUCGCUUCGGUGGUCGACCGUUAAAUAUGGGGGGACACUUUUGAAUCACCACUGUCACGUCGGUUCGUCGGUGGGAAAACAGCCGAUGUAGUUAAUUCAUUCUUUGUAAAUAAGUACAAAAAUUCAUUUGAAUACAUUUGAUGUAGUUAAUUCAUUCUUUGUAAAUAAGUACAAAAAUUCAUUUGAAUACAUUUUACUUGGUUUAGUUUAGUCCACAUAUAUUAUACAUACAGCCAUACAUUGAAAGAAUCCAGGAUAAUGAUAAAACCGAUUAUUUCAAUCAUUUGUUAUUCUAAUAAAUAUUACUUUUUCAGCUAAAAGCUGAUUCGAACUAUGGA